GAAGAAUUCUGAUCCGCAGCGCGCGCACAUUCAGGAAAGUUGUUGUGGAAGAAUAAAACUGAGGCUGAGCCCCGCGAGCUUUCUACAGGAAACAAUGAGCAGGCCUGCGUCUGACAGUGAAUCUGAGGCAGAUGACUUGGAAUCGCUCAUUCAUUCAUUGUCUAUAAGAGUAGAAUAUUACAGGUCGUUUGAGUAUUGUCUAAAGUGGGAAGAGUCCAUGUAUACCACACGCUCCUCCAGAAUAAAAAAGGCCUCCAAGAAGAGCUCUCAGAGAAGUCCCAGUCCUAACGAGGAAGACAUCCAGCGCAAGUUGAGGGGGAAGAAGAGGCAGAAGAAGACUGAAGCUGGCGACGGCGCAGUUAAUACAAUUAAGUUGAGCAACCGGGACCUCAUUGACAUCAUCAAUGACACGAAUGAUGCCAAAUCUCUGGCUGAGGAGGUUGAGGGAAAGUCUGUGGAGGUCGCUGAUAAAGCAGUGGACGAGUCAGAUGAAGACUCUGUCAGCAGCAGCAUCGCCUCUGGUCCCUCCACCUUUUGUCCCACCAACCUCAAGAGAUGGAGUUCUUUACAGAGCUUGUGCUCAGCGUGUCAGAAGCUCUACCAGAGAGCAGAGAAGAUGAAAACACCAAUCAAAGACAAACUCUUAGACAAUGAUCCCAACUCUCUGACAUGUGACCACUGGGUACUGAUCAAACAGUGGAGACCCAGAAGGCUGCCCAAUGCACGAGGGAAGCUUUUGACCCAUGUGAAGCUGGUUAAGAAAAGACUCAAUUCAGGUGUGAAGCGCAGUGAGAUGUAUGAGACGGAGUCAUCAGCCUGCUCGCGACCGCACACUUUCCUACAGAGGAACCUUCGGUGCUGUGUCAGAGUGCCAGCGAAGAAGGGGAGGAAGAGUAAGAUUAGGAGGAAGAGGGCAAGAGGUGACUCUCAGGGUUCUCGCGCUGCUAAGCAACGACGUCUCCACAGCAACAGUCCCCGCCAGCACCUCAGUAGAAGCUGCACUCGUGGCAGCAGCCCUCAGCCAACCAGCAGUCUCAGCAGCAGUCCGGCUUUUGAGAGAUGUGACGAUCGAAAAGGCGACAAUCAAGCGGACAAACACACGACUGUUGAGGUGACUCCCUGCACGGUCCAUCUGGAAACCCUCAAGAUGAAGGAUCUUCCCCCUGAGAAGAAAACACCAAAGAAGAGUGGAUUCGGAAAACUGCUUUCCCAGCUGCGCGGCAACAGCAGCAUGAUCGUCAGAGAAAAAUGUUAGCGAGGUGACUCCGCUUUGUUUUAAACUUCUCUUUAAAGGUUUUAAACAGCUACAGUGUUCAAGUGCUGAUGUAGCUUGUUCUUGUGUUGCUCUGUAGGUUUUCAGUGGCCCCGUACACACCUGGUAUUAACAUCCGUCCUGAGAGAUCCGAUCACAAGUGGCCAGCGCUAAGUUCACAUCUGAAGUCCUGAAACCUGAAUGUGUCUCCUGUGACCACUUGUGAUCGGAUCUCACUUCCCCGCUCUACAUGCAAAUUCACACGAACGUCAUUUGUGUUAGUUAAGACCAAACAAUGUUGUUUUGAGCCAGGGUCAGCCAUGUGUGCGAUGUCACCGUGUGUGUGUUCCUGUACUUCUAUCUUUGUGAGGACCAUUUUAAGCAUAGACCCUACAGAGUGAGGACAUUUUGACUGGUGCUCACCUUUUCAAUGUGCUGUUUGAGGGUUAAGACUUGGUUUUAGGGUUACGGUAAGGGUUAGGGUAAGGCAUUUAGUUUAAAUAUAAGGUUAGGGUACGGGGCUAAUGAAUAUAUUAUGUCAAUGAGUGUCCUCACUAAGAUAGAAGUGCAAACGCGUAUGUGUGUCGGCACGAGCACAUACACCAAUUUAAUAAACAUAUCGAUCAUCAUGUGUUGAUCAGUGUCAAAUCAGCGAGAAGAGAAAAAAUAAGUUUGAUUUGUAGUGAAACUGCAGCGGCUCAGAGGACGUCAGCUGAGUAGGAGGUCCUCAUAUGUGGCCCAGGACGGAUUUGUGUUCACACUGCUAAAAGAAUAUAGUGUGGUUUACUGGGUGUGUACGGGGCCAGAGAUUUCUGUCGGCCGAUAAUAAAGCCGAUCUUUCUCAGAUAUCGGUAUCUGUGUUUACUGAUAUGAAAAGUUUUGUUCAACAGAAUAAACAAUGCAGAAAAGAUGCACAUUUAUGUUUACAUUUUACAUAAACAAUAAUGUUUAUUUUCUUAAUUCAGGUUAUUUAUAUGUGGUUGUAUUUGUGUUUUCUUUUUAUUUAUAUUUAUUUAUAAUAAAGUUUUUGUUAAACUGUAAAAUAUCAAGCCUCAAUCACAUUCCUUAGUUAUGUUUUAUAAAUUUGAAGUUGAACUACUUUGAUAUUCUAUAAAUCUUAGUGUGAACUGUAAACUGCCCAUUACAAUCUUUAUGAGCAGGGUUUUUGUUUGUUGUUUCCACACAGAAAAAGUGACUAAAAAGUUCAACCAGAACAAACUGUCUGCAGACUAAUAAACACUUGUUUUUCUCAGAGUGA